CUUCUGGCCACCAGUUUCUACAGAGCUUUGGAAAUGAUUUCCAUCCAUUAAUUACACUAACUUGUCUCUUUGAGAGAUCAGUUUCCCCAAAUAUACCUGGUAUCGAUCACAAUUACUAUCGCCACUGCUCUAUUCUAUAUAUGUCUGCUCUGUGCACGCGUAUAUGUUAUUGAAAUCUAGCUAGCUACCUCAACAAGAUCUUAAUCUUGCAGAUAAAUGCUCAUGGGUUCAUUUAAUUCUUCACAUCAUCAAAGAAUAGUACCUCAACAACAAGAAGACCAAGAUCCGCAGAUUACCUCAGAUCUACAACUGUAUAACCAGCACCAGCACCACCAGUACCAGAUUGCUCAGCCGCCAUUGUUAAUGUCACGCGGUUUAACCUCCCGGCAACUCCUCAUCAGCUGCGCCGAGCUCAUAUCGCAGCUCGACAUCUCCUCUGCUCACCGCCUCAUUUCCAUUCUAUCCUCCUCGAAUUCCUCUCCUAGUGGAGACUCCACGGAGAGACUGGUCCACCAGUUCAUUCGCGCCCUUUCUCUCCGUUUGCCUCUGGUGACGGCGGCUCCACAAGAACUAAUGAGUGUUGCCGCCGCCACUGCAUCAUCCCCUUCCACCUAUGGUGCCUUUCUGGAGGCGGAGACGGAUGCAGAAGAAGAGGCUCUUCAGUCUUGCUACCUAACCCUAAACCAGAUAACCCCAUUCAUCAGGUUCAGCCACCUGACGGCGAAUCAAGCCAUCCUCGAAGCCAUUGACUCGAGUCAACAUACCAUCCACAUCAUCGACUUUGACAUCAAACACGGCGUGCAAUGGCCACCAUUCAUGCAGGCCCUCGCCGAGAGAUCCUACGGUUCAAGCUCAUCUCUCAACCACCCUCCUCCUCCGAUGCUCCGCAUCACCGCCACCGGUCGCGAUCUCACUCUUCUCCGCCGAACCGGAGAGCGCCUCCUCCGGUUCGCACAGUCCCUCGGCCUCACCUUCCACUUCCGCCCCAUCGUGCUUCUAAACGACGUCGCAAUGAUCGACUACCUCAACCCGGCGUCGCUCGGUCUCUUCCCUGAUGAAACCCUUGCUGUCAACUGCGUCCUCUACCUCCACAGACUCCUUACGGACGACGCACAUGACCUCCACCUCUUCCUCGACAAGAUCAGAGGCUUGAACCCGAAGAUAGUAACAGUAGCCGAGCGAGAAGCCAAUCUCAACAGCCCCAUGUUUCUUAACAGGUUUGUUGAGGCGGUGGACCACUACGGCGCCGUUUUCGGCUCCUUAGAAGCGACUCUCCCGCCGAACAGCAGGGAGAGGCUGGCGGUGGAACAGGUGUGGUUCGGAAGAGAGAUUGCUGACGUGGUGGCGGCCGAUGAUGAUCAAAGAAGAAAGCAGUUGAGGCACGAGAGAUAUGAGAAUUGGGAGAUCAUGAUGAGGAGGUCGGGGUUCUCGAAUGUUCCGUUGAGUCCCUUUGCUCUUUCGCAAGCGAAGCUUCUUCUCCGGCUACACUACCCUUCCGAGGGUUACCAGCUUCAUAGUCUCAAGGACUCAUUCUUCUUAGGUUGGAUGAAUCGUCCUCUUUUCUCAGUUUCUUCUUGGAACUAAUUAAUUUGCAGUACUAGUACUACAUAGAGCUAUAAAUAUAUAUACAUAUGCCCGCAUAGCAAGCUAGAACCCAAAUUCGAAUCCUAACUAAGCUACUCAUAUAUGCAUGGAAGAGUGUAUGUAAUACCAAACAUUGAUGUGAGUAAUCUGGACGACGACGUUUGCAUGCGAAGAAAACAGCAGCUUCCUCAUAGUCAUGCUUUGCACACUGUUGUUUUG